GUCGUUUCAGUUCGUGCGCAUGACAUAAGGUCCGCGCAUGUCAAUCAAAGUUUAAGAACAGCCCAGAGUUUUGUUGGCCGGUCUUGGUUGGAGCAAGAUACACAUAAUAGGAAGCCAUUGAAAACUAAAUUACUGACAUAUUUAGCUGCAAAAUGCAGUACAACAAUAAUAUAUUCCACAGCAAUUCAAUGUAUAGAUCAAGACCCGAUCACAAUGACCAGUUUGGAAAGCAAUCAAACUAUUGGUGCGGCCCUCCGCAGCACAGCAUCGCGCCAGUUCAAGACUUUGGUGGACCAGUUACGAAACAAUACAAGAACAAAAACCAACAAGACAACCAGCAACUUGCCACGCCUGUAUGGUCCGAGACGGAGUUGAAGCCGUUCCGCAAGAACUUCUAUGUACCACACAACAACAUCAAAAACAGGCAGCAACAUGACGUCGACCUGUUCAGACAGAAACGCGACAUAAUCGUGCGGGGAACGAAUAUACCCCAUCCGAACAUUUGCUUCGAGGAGAACAGCUUCCCCGAAUACGUGAUGCAGCCGUUGCUCAAGCAGGGCUUCAACGAACCCACCGCCAUACAAUCGCAGGGCUGGCCGAUCGUACUCAGCGGCAGGGAUCUGGUGGCAAUCGCCCAUACCGGUUCCGGUAAGACAUUGGCUUACAUACUGCCCGCCACCAUUCACAUCAACAGCCAACAAAGACCCCAGCGCGGAGAAGGACCGAUCGUCUUGAUUCUUGCUCCAACCAGGGAACUUGCCCAACAAAUACAGAAAGUGGCGCACGAAUUCGGAUCGACCACCAUGAUCCGCAACACCUGCAUCUUUGGAGGUUCGCCCAAGGGGCCGCAGGCUAGAGAUCUGGAGCGGGGUGUUGAAAUAGUGAUCGCGACGCCCGGCCGGCUUAUUGAUUUUCUGGAGAAGGGCACGACGAACCUCCACAGGUGCACGUACCUCGUCCUGGACGAGGCCGAUCGCAUGUUGGACAUGGGCUUCGAGCCCCAGAUAAGGAAGAUCAUCCAACAGGUGCGACCUGAUAGACAGGUACUGAUGUGGUCGGCCACUUGGCCGAAGCAAGUACAAGCGUUGGCCGAGGAGUUUUUGGUUGACUACAUUCAGGUGAACAUUGGAAGUUUGUCUCUUUCGGCCAACCACAACAUAAAACAAAUCGUUGACGUCUGCGACGAGUCAGAAAAAGAAGAUAAACUCUCCAAACUCUUAAAAGAGAUUGGAUCCGAUCGUAAUAAUAAAAUAAUCGUUUUCGUUGAAACCAAGAAGAAGGUGGACGACAUCACCAAACGCAUUAAACGUGACGGUUUCUCGGCGAUAUGCAUCCACGGUGACAAGUCGCAACCCGAACGUGACUACGUGCUCAGCGAGUUCCGUAACGGAAAGUCCUCAAUUUUGGUAGCAACAGAUGUGGCCGCCAGGGGAUUGGACGUGGAAGACGUAAAAUAUGUCAUCAACUACGAUUAUCCAAACUCCAGUGAGGACUAUGUGCACAGAAUCGGCAGGACUGGAAGAUGUUCUCAAGCUGGUACUGCGUACGCAUUUUUCACUGCCAACAAUCAGAGGCAAGCGAAGGACUUGAUUGCCGUUUUAGAAGAAGCUGGACAGGAAAUCACGGCUCCUCUGCAAGAGCUGGCGCAGUCCAUGCGAUCGACCCAGAACGGUCGCAACCACUGGCGCAACAACAAUCGCAAGAAGGACAACAACUCGCCCGGUUCCAACGGAUCGAACAACGGCGGCACCCGUGUUGGACAAAAGACCUGGACGAAUAAGAAUUUCAACAACGGCGGUACUGACUACAGACAAAACGGUAUGCACAACAAGGGUCCCAGAACCAACGACGGACAAAUGGGACGCGGCCCAAGAAACGGUGGUUACGGCAACUCGCCUAUGCAACAGUACAAUGCUUACCAGAAUUCGCAAUAUCAGCACCAUCAACCGCAGGGUUACCAGUCAUCGUAUAGUCCACCGAACAUGUACCAGAAUGCCGGACCUAGAACUUACGGUAACGGACAACGUGGUUACAACGGACAACAACGCGGCGGCUACAACCAGCGACAGCAAUACGCCGGCGGCCCACCACCGGCCACCAGCCCGAACCUUUACCACACGAUCCAGCCACAGGCUUACAUGAUGCAACCGGCGCCGGCGGCCGCCGCCACCGCCGACGGUCUGCAGGGCAUCAUCAACCACAAGUUCUUCCAGACGACGGGCGGUCGCAUACCCGGCGCCGGAGCGACCAAUCCCUGCGCCUACCAAUCGCUGGGUCAGGGCCAGGCCAAUCCGUUCGGACAGUUCGCCGCGGGGCCGAUGCCCUAUGCGGCCUACUCGUACGGACAGGCGCCGCCCACCGCCGCCGUGCAGCAGUAAGCUUUUAGAAAGGGGAAAUCAUAUGUCCCUCCUUUUCCGAUGUUUUCUUACUAAUAAUUUUUAUGUGGUAGGUUAUGUAUGUCUAUAAAAAUAAAUGUAAAUAAUUUAUAAUGCAAGAAAAUAUACAAUAGUUAUUGCUAUUGCUGAUUUGCAACUAGUUUUAUGGAAUAAUUUGUGAUCUAAUACAGAUUGGCUUACAAUUAUAUAUUAAAAAGUUACUUACUACAUGAUGAUGUAAGUAAAGAAUUAUUUAAGAUGUACAGUUAGGAUAACCAGUAAAUCGGUCUAAUUUUGAAUUACAAGAACCUACCACUCUCUAGAGCUACACAACGCAUCGGAUAGGGAGAGAUGUUGUCAAAUUUGUGCGUCCCACCUGCAUUAUCUAUGGUCAAAAUUUUAUGCAUAAUUUCAUUGCAUUGUAUUGUUUUUCAUGUUGUUAUGCGUAAACUGGGUGUUCUCUAGCAAACAGAACGAGCGAAUAACGUAUUCCUAUUGGUGGACUUGGCCAAGUUCACCUUUCAACAAGUAAAUACCAAUUUCAUUAAAAUUAUUAUCACAAAUCGACAUUAUUUUAAAUGGAAUAUGUGUAUAUGUAACCAUAUAGUAUUUACAGAUGUGACGGAAAGGCGUCAGUUUAUUUUUUUUUAGUUUACAUUAAAUAUAGAUAAUAGUUUUAAUAAAAUGUGGUGCUAAGUCCAGAUGACGGUUGGUAAUAGAAAAGAAUUGAUUUGGUUUAAGGUAUAGUCCCAGGUGGUGGUUUGCACUGCUUCGCGCUUGAUGUUGAUUAUUGUAUUCCAUGCAAUGGCUCUCCUUACAAUUUAUUAUUACUCUAGGUGUAUUUGUAGCUGCAGCGGUUAUGAUGUCGGUCGUUUGUCCGUUCUUCAUAUAUUAUAUACACAAUUAUACAUAUAUUAUUAAACCCUAUGACCGUCCUGCAGCGCUCCCUAUCCCCUUAAAAGUAAUGUUUAAAUUUAUCUUUAGUAAGUGUGUGAAUUAGGUUAGUAAAACCAGUUGUAACUAUCUGUAUGCUGUUGAAAUGCACGAAACAUAUAGAAGGGGAGUUCGGGCUCGUUUCGUUAUAGUAUUUUGAUACAUGCUAUAAGAUAUGAUUGGAUAUCUUAUUGUAGACUUAUAAAGAGUUAAUAAAAAAAGAAAAUAUUAAGCAGUCAAAAGAUGAUAUUUCGAUAUACCAAAGGAUCUAAAAUAUAUAAGUGCUCGUUGUAUUAUAAAGAAUAGUCAAAAGUGAUAUAUUUAGUUGAAACAGAAAUUUAAUAAACGUGUAAACAAGAUAGGUCUAGAUGGCAUAUUUUUUUAAACGAUUGGUUUUCGUUAUUCGUGAAGGAAACUAGGCGUUUAUAAUAGAACGAGGUACAAAAGUUUAGGUAGAAAUUGUAGUUUUUAUUUAUUCGGGAGAGCUUAUGAUUGUUUCGUUUUAAAUUAUUGCCUCGGCAGUCAGUACUAGCUUUGAAGUAUGGAUGUUUUGACUGUACCGGAAUAAGCCAGAGUGAGAGUUUAAUGGUUUUUAGACGUACGUGUCGUGUGCAAGUGCCCCGUUUCUCCGUACAUGCCUUUCUGUUUUUAAUUUAUUGCGGAUCUUGACAUGACUGCUUGUGUCGUGUACAUAUGUGUAGUAUUAAGUAUUAUUCUCGUUUGUCGUUUAGCGUGGCGCUGAUGAGCGCACGUCCAUCUGUGAUAUUUUAGCGAGUAAAAGGGUAGCAAAAGAAUAAUAUUAACUUUCAUCUCCGUGUCUGGGGGAAAACGCCGAGCAUUUUCUAUCAAACUCCACGCCUAGCGAAUCGCGAAUGCUGGGUCAUUCAAUGAUUUUUCAUUCAACUUUCAAGUUACUGCUGUUUUUUGACAAAUUUUGUAAAAAUAUAUUAUUCAUAUAUUGUUAUAAUAGAGAUUUGUUGGCUGUGGAAAUUGGUAGUACGGUUUAGCAAUGUGUAAUAAACAUUGAUUGGAAUGUGAUAUUUUCUAUUAAGACUGAAAUAUCUCUAGAUAUAUUUUUUUUAUUAUUAUCUGCUAUGAUUGUAAUAGUGGGUUAACCAGCACUUUGAAUUAAUUGUUCAAAGGUUUACCGUUCCAAUGAGUUUUAGUUUAAUUUUCUGAAAGGUAACAGCGUUUCUCGGACUGAGUAGUGCAUUCAAAAGUAUUUUGCACAAAGUUAUAUCAUUAUUCUACAAUGUUAUCAUUCACGCCAUUGCAUCUUAACGAUUAACGAUUUUAUCAAUAUUUAAUAUUUUGUAAUAAUUAUUUUUUUCAAGUCAAUUAUUUUGUGGUAUUUAUUAAAACUCAAAGUACCUAUAAUAUAUUUAUAAGUCUCGACCAGAAUUGUUGAUAAAUCAACAGUGAUCCUGAAAAAUUUUUGGUCAUGUUUAGUACAAUAUAUAUUUACUUCAUCAUUAGUUUAUAUACAUGGCCCCGCAUUAAAACUCUCUUAAGAAUAAAUAAUAAUAAUAUAAUUAUUUAUAUACUCUUCUGUAAGUUUCCAGCAAGUGCAUUUCUUGUAUGUAAUACAGUAUUAAUAUAGUAGUAUUUAAAAUAUAUUUUUUUUCGAUAUAUAUUGUUAUUUGUUUAUUUUUUAAAAUUGAUUGUAAAUUGAAUUUAAAAAAAUUAUGAUAUAAUAUAUUCAAAUACUGUAGUAA